CUUGUCAAGGAGGGGUGAAAAUGGUGAGAUAGCGGUGAUGUCGACUGUUGGGGGACUCCGACCGACCGUAAGGGCCCGACCGGCAAGGCAAAAGGCGGAGAGAAAAACGAGGGAAGCGACCGACAGAGACGAGGGAGAGGUCGAAUCAAGGGAAAUCAAGGGCAGAGCCUUGAUUAUCUGGAGGGUGAGAUAUGGAGAGAGAAGAGAGAAGGAGAAGGGGAAGAAAGAGAAGGAUCGAAAAGAGAGAGAAAGGAAGAGGGCGAGAGGGGGGAGGCGGCGGGUAAAGAAACGGGAAAGGCCAGUGAUCGGGUUCGCUGCGGUUGGCGGUCAAGAGGUAUUGGUUGAUCGACCUGGUAUUUUAUCAGGUAUAUGAGGUAUCACUAUGGCUUUGGAUUGGGGAUUUAUUUCCUCGAAGGUAAGG